CAAGGAAGUGAUUAUGCAAUUGUAAUCAACGAACGUUAUGAUAAAUAAUAUCCUGUAUGUUGCUUUAUACUAUUUUAGCCAAGAUAACUGGAGUUAAUUUGUUAACCAGCCUGAGAAGAUCAGACCCGCGCGACUAUAGGCAGAUCUGUUCUUGACAAUAGGUCCUAAUCAACGAAAACUAAUUGAAGUUGCAGCCCAUCCGAUUUUUUUGGUGAAGACAUUUGCCUGAAACAUUGCUAGAAAAUACAGAGGAAAGCGAAUGCCAGCAGUCAAAGAAGCCCACGUGCGGAGAGCUUUAGGAAGCAAUAAUGGAAACAAACGCAUUGUGACAUCAGCGGCUCUUGACAAGGCUCUUUGUGACAUUGGCGUCAAUGAGGAAACGAUUCAAUUGAGAAGGACAACUUGGCUUUAUAUUGAGGCUUUGAGCAACAUCCAUCAACAGACUCAAUACUUGGAUUGCGAUGAAUAUUAUUUUGGAAGCCAAACCGAAGGUUCUACUACAGAAGGUAUGGACUCAGACAUUGAUAGUCUUGAGUGCUAUAGAUAUUCGGUGAUUCAUAAUAUUGCGGACAGGCAGUUUGAGCUAUGGCAGCUUUUUGUGGUUAUGGACAUGUCAACCCCGCCUCAGUGUUGCUGUCUACAAUAUCUCUGGCCUGAUUAUUCUAUAUUUUUGCCGGAUGAUUUGUUUUCGUGUUGUCAUAUUGAUGCUCAAGGGCGGUUAUUCCUGAAAAACAAUGUGAUAGACAUGGUAAAAGAACGGUACUACAAAAAAGAGGGUUUUGACCUUAUCCAACACGGUCCUUCGCUUACCCUCGGCGGUAUCGUAGAUAUGGUCAACGCUUUUCACUGUGCAAAACUGCCAGACGAUUGUCAAUAUAUUUUCAGAAGGCCAAAGCCCGGGCAUUGGCCUGGACCAGAAUUGUUGACACAACUAAAGGAUAGCGGGGUUUUCCUUGUUCCGACUGCGCACGUUGAGAACACAACAAACUGGGACCCUCAACAACGCCUAGGAACAUUAACAGUACGAACUUUCGAUAACUCACAUGAGCGUUAUUGGAGGUUAUCUACCAAUUUGAUGGAGAGGCUUUUGAUGUUCGACCUCACAAUGACGCAAAUGAAAGUGUACGUACUCAUGAAAAUAAUCAGGAAAGAGUUUUUCAAGCCGCUCGUUGGCGACCGUUUAAGCACGUUUCACUUGAAAACCACGUUGCUGUAUUGCGUAGAAAUGUCACCUCCAUGCAUUUGGGAAGAUGAAAACCUUAUCCAAUGUUUAACGUUUUGUUUGACAACAUUAAGGCGGUGGUUAAAAGUGCGAUAUUGCCCUCACUUUACGACGGUAAAUGUGAAUUUAUUUGCAGGUAAACUGCAAUGGAAUGAGUUUCCGUCUUUGAUAGAAUUGUUCACGGAUAUUAUCCGUAACGAUGUGUCUUGUUUGCAUAAUGUUAAAAUGGACGACCUUGGUAACCGUAUAUUAUCGAUUUCCACAGAGAGUAAAAAUGGACUCUCUUUCGAAGAACUGGAUAUCGUUGUUGCCAGCAAGAUGUUUACUUUUAUGAUCGUUUUCUCAUGCGGAUUUGUGUACAUAUUGGGUACGCUUGUAGCAGUAGAAACAUCAAAACUAAUAAACGACCAUGCGCGGUUCAUUCAAAAGUUAGAGACCAUUAAUAAAACCAGCACGGGAUACAUUCGUUCAGUAGUCUCUACUACAUUACCAUUUCAUUAUUCCAUGCAGGCUAUAAUGAAAGCGUCGCUCUGUAUCGGUGAAAAUCAAACAUUACCACAGGAGAUUUUCACUUUGUGUGAAAAGUCUCUGAUGUCCGACGUGACAUCAAGUCGCCUUAAGUUUGCGUCGAUAUAUUUCUCAGCAUGGCGUUUUGAAGAGGCUGCUGCUAUUCUUAAUCAGGUAGAUGCAUUCGUUUCUAACAAAGUAAUACCUUUUAGCCCUUGCUUUAUUUUCAAAAACCGUAAGUUUGAUUUAGAGCUGAUGCGACGCCGAAAAGAGUUCCUACACAUGUUGCAAAACGAGGUUGCUGUGAGCACAAUUUUUAGCAGACACGAAAUCAAUUGUGUUCCUGGGCAGCUUGUCGCUGAGUUCUACAGAACGGUAACGGCGGAGGAUAAAGCGUGCCGUGGUUCAAUACAUAAACCUUCCUGGAUGGAGUGGAUGGACCUUGCAGUGGUUGAUUCAUUGCCAUAUAUGUAUUACCUACAGUACUUAAUAUUUCGAACAACUGGAUUAAUCAGCGACAAAGACAUUGCGUUUAAGAAACUCCAGACUGCGAUUUUCAGAGACCUACACUAUCAUAUCGACACGUCAUUAAAUCUGAUAGGACAUUGUUGUGAACUGGAAGGCAAUUUGUCAAAAGCUUGGCGCGCCUAUACGCUUUCAGUUAAACUUCGAUCAAAGAAUAACGCAGCUUACUGGCACAUGUUUAGGAUGAUUGGAGGUCUUAUUUAUGGGCUUAGAAUGCUAUCCUGGUGACAUUCUGCUACUCAGGGUGUAAAUAUGCAUGCCAACGGGAGAACAUUUGAAUAUAUAUAAGAAUGCCUCAUAGCAGUUGUAAUCAUUUUAUUUUUUUGCGCUUUGGUGUUGUUUGUUCUGUCCUGUUUUUGUGCUUAUGGAUUUCUUAAUCGCCUUAAAUGAAUAUUCGAGGAGCUUGUUGAAUGUUGAUGAGAGAUUUUUUCUUUGUGAUGUCUUUUUAUUUUAAAUUUUCAGCUUGACUCAUGAUUGUAGCGUGGAUGCAGGUGAACAUAUUCCUGUUCAUAUCUACCAUGUUGGUGUAUUUCAAUGUUCAGAAAGUGUUAUCCAAAGAGACACAACAUUUUAAUUACGUAGAACUUGUUUACGAAUAUUCAUGUGAGUAUGUAAUUAUAUUUGUCUGUACAGUGCUUACUUUUAAGAUCAUGCAUGGUCACUUUUGUUAGAUUUAUUAGGCCCAAAGGGUCUUUCUAAUAUUGUAUAACAUGUCAGGUGGGUCGAGACUCUCUGUUCAGAAAACGGUUUCAAUAAGAAUCUGUAUAGAUUCGUUAACUUUUAAAAAGGUUUGAUUAUAUCAACAUUGCACCAGUUUCAUAAAAUGCAUCAAGAGGCAUUUUUAUUGGUACUCAAAGGUUUUAGAACUGUAAAACGGCAUGUAUUUUUUUGUCUUUGCUCAUUUUCUUUUGCCAUGGUAUUCUGUAUAAAAAAUCAAAGUAUCAAAGAAUCAACGAACAAUGUACCAAACAAUUAUUCUCCAACAUUCCGAAUUGCCUCAAACGUUUAUGCCAUUUUUUCAUAACCAUUAAAUUACAAAAUCAUUCGUUUGUUCCUAAAUAUUGAAAAAGCAAGACGUAUUUGGUAUAUAUUUAUUCGUAAAUCAUUUAGUAUGACCUAAUGAUAGUAAAUGAUAUUAAACAGGUAGGAUAAAGAAAGAUUGCAAGGCUACCAACGAUGGCACAAAUAAAUAUUUCAUAACCAUGCUGCAGUUGGGAACUGGAGAUGUUGCGAAAGCGUUUGAAACAUAUUGUGUUUUUUUCAUGUAACUAUCAUAAACUGCUUACAACUAUAAAGAGCAUGUAGUAGAUCAUUUGUAAACGAAAACAAUGAAUUUAAUUUCCUUUAAUUUAUUUUGAAUUUCAAUAACAAUUUUAUUAUCUCAAUACGUACUUAUUUUUUUUAUACGUUUUUUAAUAUAAAUAAUGAAUUUUGGUUAUCGAUGCUCUUUUCAACCAAAUUAAGAUGUUAAAAAGUUUAUAUUUCACGCAAUAUCGCUUACAACAAAACGUGUACGUAUCGUGAAACUACAUUAUUACUUUUGCAAUUAUUCUUUUUUUCUUGGUGAAAGGAUAGUGUAUGUAACCUUAUUAUGAUCAUGAAAUAUCGAUUAUACAUUUGGCCCAUAGAAAUAAAGUUUGAAUAAAGGUUAAAAAGGCACAGUUCAUUUUGUUUUCAAAGUUCUGGUUAUGACCAUCGAUACAUAUCAUACGAAUCAAGAAGAAUCUAUAAACAAAAAACAUCAACAACAAGCAUAGACGAAAACAUUUUAAGUAUUUGGUAUAUACAAGGCCUCUGCGCGAAAUCUUACACAUA